GACGCCGCACAUGGCGGCAUCGCCGUGGCUUAUCGCGGCGAAUACUACAAGACUUCUCCUAUUCCUGUGAGGGGAGAUAGCCUGUUAUGGUGUGUAUUUUAAACCAAAUGGAAGGUUCCAUUGCUUUUAGCGGCUUCAUAUAUCUGUGAUCGUGCUUUUAGUUUAUUAUGUCCACCUACGAGAAGUGGGACUCGCAGGGGGAUUUUCGGACGCAGGGUACUUUCAGCCCCAUGCUCGGGGCUGAGAACGCGACUGGUAACAAUAACAACGAGUUCAUUACCAACGAACUGGAUGUCGCCUGGCAAACAGAAUGCAAAAUCGGAUUCAAUAACUCUCGCGAAUCUGCCGGUUUCACCUUCAAUGUGUACAACGGAUCCGAAAAAGAGGCACUGUACAGCGAUCCUUCCAUGUCAAUGGGCGGUUGGCAACAGUCGCCUUCCUCGGGUCCUCCGCCAUCAGGCCCACCACAAGGUGCCCAGCAGCAGUUGUCCGUGGUCACAACAGUCUGGGGCGUUGCGACAACUACACAGAGCGGGCCUCUUGCCCAUAGUUCCUUCGGUGCAAAUACCAGCACCACCAUCGCCCCGAUGCCUUACGCCCAAGGAGCUCCACAGAGUGGCUAUCCUGCCAAUGGCGGUCCUCCCGGCUCUGUACCCUCCAAGCCCUACCAGGCACAAUCUAUGAACCCGAGGCAGACGGGGCCAGGGUACAGCAACUAUAAUGCAAAUCCAAGUCAGAUGAAUUCUGCAAUGGGACCCAAUCCAAUUGGAACGUCUGGGCACAAUAGUGGUUCAGAGUUUCAGUCAUCUUCAUCGGCACUCAGUGCUGCUGCUUUGGUUGCAGCUGCUGCUACUGCUACUGCUACAGCAACAGCUAGUGUUGUUGCUCUUCAGGAGAGGCAACAACAAGAAGUAGUCAUGAAUAAUCAAUAUAGCCAGAGUAUUCAGAGCCAGCAAUUUCAACCAGGUUACUCUUCUCAUCAUCAAAGAGUUUCAUCUAAUACUGGUGUAUCCAGUCCAUUGGGAAGUCAUAUGAACAGUCCAAUGGGUUCUCAUAUGGGCAGUAAUGCAAUGAUGAACAUGCCCAACAAUAUACCAUCAGUGAAUCCAAUGAAUAAUGGCAUGGGCAUAAAUGGUCCCAUGGGCAUGAACAAAGGUGCAAUGGGCUUGAGCGGACAGCCUCAUCCUUCAAUGUAUUCUGGAAAUAAUCCAGCAAUGGCCCCACAGGGCCGCACUAGAGCUUCUCCAUAUCCAAAUCCCCAGCAGCACAUGGCACAGAAGAGGCCGGGGCAGUAUGGUAUGAUGUCACAACAGUAUGGUCCGGGAAUGCAGUCCUAUAGUCCAAAUCCACAACAGAAUUACAAUUCUGGACAGGGUUGUGUUUGCUGCUCUCAAUACCCUGGAAAUCCAUCACCAGCACAGUAUGGUAAACAGCAACAGUAUAACCCUCAGCAACAAAUGUCUCCUGCUGCAUAUCCUUCACAGCAACAAAUGCGUUCCUCACUUAGACCUCAAGCUCCUCCUUACGGCAACCAGCCCAGUCAUUAUUAUCAUCAGUCACAGCUCAAUGGUGCACCUCCACAAACACAGUAUGAUCCUCAUUACACAAAUCAGUAUACGCAGCCAAACAUUCAGCGGAAUAUGAACUAUCAGUCUCUGCCAAUUCCAGGAAAUCCUACACCACCUCUUACACCCGCCUCUGUUGUGCCACCAUAUUUAUCACCUAAUGCUGAUAUCAAGCCCAAUUUUUCAGAAACAAAACCUCCACUACCUCCACCCAAAGACGACGAACUACGGCUUACAUUUCCCGUCCGAGAUGGUAUCAUCUUAGCUCCGUUCAGGUUGGAACACAAUUUAGCUGUAAGUAAUCAUGUCUUCCACUUGAAGCCAUCAGUGCAUCAGACACUUAUGUGGCGGACAGAUUUAGAAUUACAGUUGAAAUGCUUCCACCAUGAAGAUCGACAGAUGAAUACUAAUUGGCCAGCUUCCGUUCAAGUCUCGGUAAAUGCAACACCCCUGAGUAUUGAUCGUGGAGAAAACAAGGCUUCACAUAAGCCUCUUUAUCUCAAGGAAGUUUGCCAGCCAGGCCGAAAUACAAUACAAAUCACAGUCACAGCAUGUUGUUGUUCUCAUCUUUUCCUUUUGCAACUUGUUCAUCGACCCACUGUUCGCUCUGUGUUGCAAGGCUUACUGCGCAAACGCUUGCUUCCAGCAGAUCACUGUGUGGCAAAAAUUAAGCGCAACUUUUCUAGUGCAGCAGCAUCUAAUAAUGCUCUUAAUAUGGAAGAUGGAGUUGAGCAAACAGCAAUCAAAGUAUCUCUCAAAUGUCCCAUUACUUUUAAGAGGAUUACACUUCCAGCCAGAGGUCAAGAAUGCAAACACAUACAGUGUUUUGAUCUUGAAUCAUAUUUACAACUUAAUUGUGAAAGGGGAGCUUGGAGGUGUCCUGUGUGCAAUAAACCGGCUCUACUUGAAGGCUUGGAAGUGGACCAGUAUAUUUGGGGCAUUUUGACAAAUUUAAGCAAUUCUGAUGUAGAAGAAGUAACAAUUGAUGGUACUGCAAGUUGGAAGCCUGUUCCAAUUAAAGCUGUUAAGGAAGAGAAUGAUGGUGUUGAAGCAUGCGGUGCUCAGAAGCGGUUUAAAGCCAUGUCGCCCAGUAGCAUGACAAUGCCUACUACUUCAGCCUGGGAAAUGGGUCAAGGACUUUCUCCUUAUUCUGCUCUGCCUCCUCCAGAUAUGCAAUCUAUAGCAAAUGGCCCUGUUCCAAAUGGCCCAAUGAUGCCAAAUGGCUCUAAUUAUGGCAGCGGUGGCUAUGAAUUUCAGUCUCAGGCAACUGAUUUCAGUAGCCCUCUCUCACACCUUAAUGAAAGUGUCUCCUCAUUGGAUCCUUUGGCUGCCAUGGAAAAGUCUCUGAAUCAUCAUGAGCAACAAAUGGGACUUCCUAAUCUUCAUGAGCAGGGAAACCAACCAUUGCGGCAACCAGCUACUACUUCAACUACUGGUACAGCAUCUACACAGCCUUCAUCUAUGCAUCAGACUAGCACAGGAACACCUGGAACUCCAUCAUCUAACCAAAGCCAAAACCUAAUGCAGCAUGGUCCAAAUACUCCACAUACACCUCAUACUCCUCACACACCUGGUAACUCUGGUGGUGGUAGUGGAGGGCCACCGAGUGUUCCACCACCAUCUUCAUCUUCACAACCAAAUGAGAGCAGUACAUCUGCAAGUGGGGGUAAUAACUGCACUGUUGUCAGUCAACCAAAUAGUCAAGCUUCUACUAAUAGUGAUUCUUCACUUUCUCAUGCACCAGACCUUGGGGAUUUAAAUUUUGACCCUGCAGCUGUUAUAGAAGGAGAAGGACAAGGGCAAGAAGGAUUAAAUCUGCUGCCAGAAAGUGUGGUGGAUCCAAUGGAACUUUUAUCAUACCUUGAUCCUCCUGAGCUGAGUGGCUCUGGAGGUAGCAGUGGCAGCACAAGCAAUGUAACAUCUGGAACAGCUACAUCAACUACUGCUACAAGUAGUAGUGGCAACACUUCAGCGACUGGAAAUGAUGAUCUUCUAGCCUUGUUUGAAUCAUGAAUAUAGACUUCAGGCUUUGAGCAAAAACAAAAGUAAACUGAUGAACUCUCGCAUAAGAGUAUAAAGAGAUGUUUUUUGGACUUCCAUUUUUCUGGGAAAGGCAUCUCUUUCAAAGUGUUCAAAACUAGUGUGCCAGUAUUUUACCAUUUUCUUUUUUAAUGUACAACAUCAUUUUUUGGAAAAAGGAAAAAUGUUUUGUAAGAGGGAAAAAGUUUUAAACCAAUGACUAUGUGAAAUUUGUUCUUCAUGAGUUAAAUUUGAGAGCUCUGAAAAAAUACUGAAUAUUUUUUAAAAAAAAACUAAAACUUCUAGAUUUUCUUUUCAGGCAUUGUAAAUUCUUCAGAUGAGAUGAUUUCUCCACCUUGUCAAAUAUUCCCCCAAAAUUGAACAGUAGUGUCACAUUAACCUCCGAAUUUUUAUUCAUGCAGUGUUUUACACGCUGCUGUUGUACAGUGCUUUUGUGGUUGUGUGAUGAUGUCUGGAAGUGAUGUCUGGGAAAGAAGAAAAGAAAAAAAAAAAGCGAUGCUUGUUGCACAAAGUUCACUUUCCCUGAAACUUUUUUAAAUAUUGUUAUGUAUUUUUCUUCCUGUAGAUUAACACUGUGUAAUAAGUGUACAGCUGCCUAUUUCUAUUUAAAAAAAGGAAAGUAAUUCUAGAUUAUGAAUCCUGUAGACUUUGUUAAAAAUAUUGCACUGUGGCAUCAUUGUGUAAAUGAGAAUUUGUCACGUCACGUUACAGAUGUAAUGUUGUUCAUAUUUAUUGUCUGUAAAAAAUGUGUCUGAUCUCCGAUGCUUAGUUGAUAUGCUUUUGUCUAUAGAUAACAUUUAGCAUAAUAAAACUCAGGAUAUUUCACAGGCAUCAAUCUGGGUAUCCAAUGUUUAUUGUCAUAGCUGAAACCAAAGUUUAUGAUAUUUUAAAUUUAUGUACAUAGAGGAAUGAUGCACUUUUUGUGAAAAUGCAGUAUGUUACAAAGAUGUUAAGUAAACAAUCCGUCUGAUGGCAGUUUUAAUUUACUACAUAACAUGAGAGUACUUUGGUGUAUUUUGUGCAUAAUGCUGUGUUUUUGUAUGCAAAGUUAUAUAGUUGGACUAAGUAAAGUUUAUUCUGAAGUGUAUUAGUUUUUUCCCCUCUCGUGCAUGUUUAUGAAAUAUCUUGAAAAAUAAUAUAUGUUUUCAGCAAGAAAUAAAUUUUUUUUAAAAUAAAACUCUUCACGGAUUUUAUCUGUAAAAUUGUAUGCCGAUAUAAUAUUGUUGUUAAAUUUCAUCAGGUUAUUUUUUUAAACAUCAAAUUUGUUUCUAUAGAUUUUUGUUUGCAUUUUUGUAGGAAAAUUUUGUAUCAGUAGGAGCAUAAAAAUUACAGUUCUCAUUUGGAGCAUUAUUAUUUUACAAAUUUCUCUUUGUAACUUUUUUAUAGUCAAAUUAUUGUAAUAUAUUCUUACUACAAAGCAAAUAUGAACAAGUAUUUUUAGUUAGUAUGAUUUUCAUUGUACUAACCUUCAUAAUUUUUUUCCUUUGUAAUUUUACAGAGGAUAUUUUCUAAAAGUAUUAUUUCAAUAUCAUACCAAUUAAAUUGAAACAUCUCAUAUAUUAAAAAUUUGAAUUCAUUGCUACUAUUUUGUAUAAAAUGUGUACUAUCUUAUAUAUGUGAUCUUUUUACAAGGGGUUUAUUGAGAUUUGUAAUAUUUUAUGCAUAAAAAAAAAAGAUUUCAGUCUUCAACUUUAUUUGCAAUUCUAUUUAUUUUAAGUCAUUUUAAUUAAACAUUCAUAAAUACUAGUUUUUAUACUUACAGACUUCAAAUCAAUAAAUUUAAUGCACAUAUUAGAAAAAGUAAUUUUAUGUAUUUUUAUAUUAUAUUUUAAAGAAUCUACAUAUAAAGUAUUUCUUUUUAGAAGGCGAAGAAUCUGGGGUCAAGAGUGUUAUUGCAAAUUUCUGAAAUUUUCCGUACUUGCACAAAUGGUUUAGAUCUAAUUUCCUAUUUCAACUUGAAAAUAUUAGGAUUCAGAAUAAUGCAUUUCAAUAAUAUUAAAGAAAUGGGAGACAUCAAUAGUUUUCAGAAAAUAUACUAUGUGAUUCUUAUAUAAAGCCAGAGUUAUAUCUUGGCAUUCUCUUGCACCUUUAAGCUGCUAAUAUAUUUGUAGAAAUUAAAAAUUAUGGUGCUGGGCUGCCAGUAUUUUAGCUAUUUGUUUUUAUUUAAAUUAUUGUAAUAAUAAUAUCCUCAUGAAGUUAAUCUGAAUCAAAAUUUAGGACCUAUGUCUAAUCUAGUAUAAACUUGUCAAAUCGAGUUUGUUUCAGUUUAAGAAAAGUCUUCAGACAAUGAUUAUAUGAUUAUUUUCAGUUUAAAGUAAAGGAAAUGGGAAAGCUAAUUUCACUGUUACAUUAUGACUAAAUUGUUGAUACUAUGGAUAUGUAUUAGAUUACAAAUAAUGUAAUUUUUGCAAAAUUAAAAAAAAAAAAUCCUAAAUUACUUACAUUGUGUUUAUGGAGUAAAAGUUCUUCCCCAUUAUAUUAUAUUAUUGUAAUCUAUCUAACUUAAUUGUAAAGCAUAAGUUUAGACUUGGUUUUAGUUAAAUGACUGCCUUGUGAUACAUAUUUUUGUUUCUUUAGUUCAAAUUAUCGCCUUCAAUAAAACAGAUAGAAAUGUUCAAUGGGCAUAAUAAAAAAAGUGGGCUACUAAAUCAUUUAAUAUUCUGUAAAGAAGAGAAAAAAUAGAACUAAUGCAUCAGUUUUUAAAAAAUAAGACUUCAUGCAUUUACACACAUCAAACCUUCAUAAACCACCUAUUAAUGAAGAUCUUUCUGUAUAAUGCCAAGUGUUCAUUCGUUGAGUAGGGCUUUAAGAAAAGCAAUAAAAUUCUAGUAAAUUUUUCUUAUUUCCUAAUUAUAUAAAGAAACUGUAGCUCUAGUCUUAGGCCCGCUGCAAGAGCAUCAACUGUUCCUAAUCUGAUAGUUGCUGUCUGUAGCAGUAAUUCUCGCUAGAUGUGUACGACUUAUUCUUGGCUGGGUCCUUUUGCUGUACAUAGUAUAAAUAUUAAAUAUGUAUAGUGUUAAGUAAUUCUUCAGAAGUGUUAAGUUGUGUAAAAAUAAUGAAAUCUGAGUGAAAAGUGGUUAGGAUAUUGGAUAAUGUGUAUGCAGUUGUAUAUACUUUUUGAGAACCAGAAGAAAAUAAUUUUGUAUAUUAUGCUUAAAAUUUAAUUUACUUAUGUUGUUUGAUUUUAAUUAAAGUGUACAAUAAAUUGGGCUGUUUUUACUAAAUGCAUUUUGAAUACUUUCAUAUAAUUUGUAAUAAAACUGAAUUAAAUAUUUUGCUUUUAACUUGAAUUUCAAUUUCUGUAAAUUUUUACUGUCAUUGUACUGAAUAUUAAGUUUUUAAAAUAAGGGAAUGGGAAUUUUAUGAUUCUAAAACUAUAUUUUAUAAAUUUUAUGGUAGAAAAUAUGGUUCAUUAGCUUGUCCUUGUAUUUCUGUUCAUCAUGGUUUAUAUUACGUUGACAGAAAAUUUUUUAAAGUACUCUUUUAUUGCAUAAUUGUAUAUUGCCUAUUUUUAGUGAAAUGCAAAACAGUGAUUAAUAAAUUAAGAAGAUUAAUAAAGAAUAUUUUUAUUUUAAAAAGUAUCUAUGGUUUAUGUAUAAAGCUAUGAAGGCAUUACUUUUUUCCAAAACUGAAUGUCUUAAGAAUGGUUUCUGUAAGCAAAAUAAAGGAAACACGUCUGCUGUGGAAUUUGAAAGUGAGAACUUUGAUAAACACUAAAACAUAAUUUACCAACACUGCCCUUUCAUUCUUAAUGUAUUUUGUAAAGUGCUUGCUGAAUGUUUUACAGUGCAGAUAAUUUUUCAUGUAUGUAUUUCUCUAUAUAUGCAGAAUAUUCUUGAUCUAGCAUUCCUUAUAUUUAUCAUUUUUUCUGCUUUCAGAAGUUAUUCUUUUUCUAAAAUGUGUUUGGUAUAUAUAAUUUGGCACAUUUGAAAAUAGUAAAUGCAUACCAGUGGUGUAUAUUGGAAUAACUGAAGUCUGAAAUUAUCUAAAUUUUGUGUUUUGUAGGAUUAUUAGUUUUUGUCAUUUAGAAUCAUCUUAGGUUUAAUAAAUCUGUAAAUUAUUUCCCAGUAUUCUUAUUGCUGGAAAUAAAUAUUAAAAAUCAUUGAAAACCAUGUGUAUUAAACAUUAAUGAAAAAAUAAGGUGAUUAAUGAAAUUACCUAAUUAUAUGUAGUUCUCGCUUUCCCCCAACAUUUUUAAUUCUUGACCAUUUUUUUCAUCAGUCUGAAAUUAAGCUUUCAAGUAUGCGUUGAUGGACAAGUCAUAGGCAUAUCUGAGCAAUCUUUUAAAAUUGAAGAAAAUUAUUUUGAGAACUUAACAAAAUAAACAAAAAUGCAAAUAGAAGAAAUGCAAUGAUAUUCAGAUAAAAAAUAAAUUAUUUGGAAGUUACAGAAGGGUACUUCAAAAUAGGGAAACACUGAUAUUCUAAUUGUGAGUUAGAAUUCAUAAAUAUAUGCCUGGUAAGUUUAUCUAAAGAUUUAUCAUUCUUGCUCUAAUACAAAUGCUUAAGAUAAAUUAUCAGGCCAUUAGAACCACAUUGUUGGUACACCGCUGGUAUCUGUAAUUUUUUUAUGAAGUUCUGUACGUUAUAUUAUUCAUUAAAGUGCAUUCAUGUUUAUGUAUGGUAUAUAUACAUACAUUGUAGAGUCUGUCUGAAAUGAAACUUCUGUGCUGUCUGAAAUGAAACUUCUGUGAAGCAGGUAUCUGCUAGGUAAAUAUUAAGUAUGAAUUCGAAUGGUUCUUCAUUAAAUGCAUUUCAGACAUAUCUUACUGCAUGUAUGUAUGCAUAGAUAUACAUGUAUGUAAUCUAACAAUAGAAUGUAUGGUAGUAUUGAUGUACAUAUAUAUAUAUAUAUAUAUAUAUAUAUAUAUAAAGGAUAACUUUCAUAUAUUUUAUUACUGUAUACAGUAAUUCCUAGUUUAAUAUGUUAAAUUUUUGCUGUAACUAAAAUGUUUUUUUUCUGUGUAUUUUAUACGAUACAGCCUCUUAUAUUAUGCACUAGAAAAAUAUUUACUUGGGAACUUUUAAUUUUUCUUAUUAAUAAACUGUAAAGAUAUGGUAAAUAUACUUUGUGAAAAAUCGAAUUAGCAAUAUUUUUUUAACUGAUAAGGGGGGAAAGCUUUGUUAAAUAUGUUUUUAAUUUCAGUCAUAAGAUGAGGAGUUGUUUCCAUUUGUUUAGAUAUGGUAGUAUGUUGCAGCUAAUAUUUAAAAGUACUGUAUGUUUUUCCUUUUAAAUUGCAAGCAAAAUAAAUUCCUAGGUCUUAAAUAUAUAAACACAUUAUUUUAGAAAACAGUUGUUAGGAAAACUGAAAUUGCUAGUAUAUAUAUAAUAUAUUAAAAAUCUCUCUUUUUUUUUUUUUUUUUUUUUUUUUUUUUUUUUUUUUUGAAAUUAAAAGAAAAUUUGUGAUUAUAGAUACAUUUAUGAUAAAAGUAAUAAGUAAUAGACUCUAAAGAAUAAUGAUGUAGCUAAUACUAAAUAUUCACCUGAAAUAUCAAUAUCUUGCAUACAAGCAUUGUAAUUAUUACCUUUUAGAUUCAAAAACUAACUCAAAAUGUUAAUCAUUACCUUUCAAAUUAGUGUAGAAGAUAAUAGUAAUAAAUUUGUGGAAUAAUUAUCAUGUUGAAAAACUAUUCAUGUAGGUUUUGCAAUAUUGUUGGGAGAAGUUUAGGUGUGCAUUUUCAAAAUUAAAUCUCUUAUUAUUAUGAUAACUAUCAGUCGUAUCUUUGGGAUUGAGCUCAAAAGUUUGCUUUUAUAUACCUCAAAGUUUGACUUCAGCCUAAAUAUUUGAAAAUAUUAUAUAUCAAAAAUAGAAUUAACACAUUUUAGUUUAGUACAUUUAGAUUUAGUAGUACAUUUAGAUUUUAGUUUAGUACAUUUAGUUUAGUACAUUUAGAUUUAGUAACAUGUUUUUCUGCUUUGAUAUAUUAAAUCUUAAAAUAUAAAACAAUUUUAAUCGAAAAAGUCAGCUGUCACCUUUUUAUGAUUGAUGAGAAGUUUUUAAUUAGGAAACUUUUUAAAAAGUUAUUUUUAGUAUUAAACAAGGAGCUACUGUAUAUUACAUGUAUUUGUAUAGUUGUAAAUAAAAUAACUUUUUAUUGAGUUUAUCUAAUUUUUCUCCCUGUGUAAAUUUCUCAUUUGAAUUCAGUACUUGAUGAUAAAGAAUAAAAUUAGUUUCAUGAAUAUUCAUGUUGACAAGUUGAGUAUUUUUAUUGCCAUUGAGGAAUAUGUUAAAAAUAACUUGUUUCAUAUUUGUUCAAAUUAAAACUUCCUUGUGAAAAUAUGUGUGUAUUGGUGUGGAGAGAUUGUAUUUUCAGUGAGCAAGCAAUUGGAAACAAACGUAUCAGCAGACAUUUCAUGUGAGAAAUCAUAAUGUGUCAGUCAACGAUAUUUCACUCGUUGUGUAUGUUCAACCUCAUCCUUCAUUGUACAAUGUUAACAUUUUGGCAAUUUUAAUUCUAUUACCUGUUAGGAAUGGGUAUCGCACCCUGAUGAACAUUGCUGUACAAAGCUUUGCCCAACCAGUAUUGUGCUGUGCUGUUUCGUGGUACAUUGUAUGAGUAGUGUAGAGAAAUAUUUAUACAAAUAAAGAAAUUGUAUUGUAAA